CGCAGCUGGAGGCCGCAGCUGGAGGCCAUAGCCACAGCACAGAGCCCAGGAUGGACCCACAGCUGGGGCCUGAGGCGGCUGCUCUCCAUCCAGGUUGGCAAGCUCUGCUGCUGUUGGUGGUGUCAGUCUUGAGCUGUUUUUCCUCGCCAGCAUCUUCCCCUCCUUCUCUGGUAUCCCGAGUCAGAACCAGCUACAAUUUGGGAAGGACUUUCCUCGGUCUUGAUAAAUGCAAUGCCUGCAUCGGGACAUCUAUUUGCAAGAAGUUCUUUAAAGAAGAAAUAAGGUUUGACAACUCGCUGGCUUCUGACCUUGAACUGGCCUCUGACUACCUGCCUUCUUACUCUGCAAAUUACUCAGAUGAUUCCAAAACCUGGCGGCCUGUGGAGAUCUUCAGGCUAGUGAGCAAAGAGCAAAAUGAGAUCUCAGACAGGAGAAUCUGUGCCUUUGCAUCGGCCCCAAAGACCUGCAGCAUUGAGCGCAUCCUGCGGAAAACAGGAAGAUUCCAGAAAUGGCUGCAGGCCAAACGCCUCACACCGGACCUGGUACAGGGCCUUCCCAGUCCUUUCCUGCGCUGCCCUUCACAAAGACUCCUGGACCGGGUGGUUCGGCGCUAUGCUGAGGUAGCAGAUGCUGGCAGCAUUUUCAUGGACCACUUCACCGACCGUGAUAAGCUACGCCUUCUCUACACGCUGGCUGUCAAUGCGCAUCCCAUCUUCCUACAGAUCUUCCCCGGGGCGGAGGGAUGGCCACUGCCCAAGUAUCUGGGUUCCUGUGGCAGAUUCUUUGUCAGCACCAGUACCAGACCCCUACAGGAAUUCUACGGUGCACCCCCAGAUGAGGCAGCUGACCUCGCCUACCAGCUCCUUGGUGUUCUGGAGUCUCUGAGAAGCAAUGACUUGAAUUAUUUCUUCUACUUUACCCAUGUUGAUGCAGCCAUGUUUGGCAUCUUCAGCAAUGGGCAUCUGUUCAUCCGGGAUGCUAGUGCACUGGGCGUCAUCGACAAGCAGGAAGGCAGCCAAGCAGCCCCCAGGGCAGGAGAGAAUCAAGACAUUUUUAGCUGCCUGGUUUCUGGUUGCCAGGCCCAGCUACUGCCCUCUUGCGACAACAUCCCUGACAAGCAGAGUGUGGUGCUUGUAUGCCAGCAAUUGUUGCCUCAACUUCUCCAGGGGAAAUUUCCCUCUCCGGUACAAGUGGAGAUAGACUCUGCUCUUGCCCAGUGUGGACAGGGCAUCCGCCCAGACUCAGAAGUCUUUGGGGCUGCCAGUCGACUGAAGGACAUCUUGAGACCACUUAGAACCUGUGACCCUAGAUUUGCCUACCACUACCCAGACUGCAAGUAUAAUGACAGGUUCUGAGGGGGUGGAGCCUCGCUGACCUGAGGGGACAUUAUGAUUGGUGCUCUGUUUCCCAGUUGAGUGGUCUGCCAGACAAAAUGAAGCGGCUCCAUUUGAAACACUAAAGAACUGAUGAACACUAACUGAUGAACACUAGGGAAAGAAGUUGCCUGAGACUGAGCACUGAGCAAUCACACUUCCC